UGGGGCUCAAAGUGACUCUUUUCAUAUUGAAGUCCGUUUGUCUGUGUUUACCUGUUUUCCGUCACAGUUAAUCAACUUCCUGUUUCCUGACUGCAGCAGCUGCCAGAGUCCAGUCAGAAAAGACCCGAUUUCAGCAGUAAAAGGUGUGAAGGAAAGAUGAGUUGGCUGCGCGCGCGCGCGCAUCACAGUCUCGUGCUUCGUCUUUAAUGAGAACUCGAACCUCCUGGCUGUAAACCGAGCCCUUGUUGCCAUGGCGACCCAGCUGGUCAGGUGUGCGCUGGCACCUGACGUUUCCCGCGGUCCCCCCUCCUCCGGGAGGUGGAGGUGGGGGCGUUGUGGUGGCCUCCUCCCCGGCUCCUCCUCCUCCAUCAUGCCGGGCAGACAGAAGCAGCUCCUCUUCUCCGUGUGCGGGCUCCUCGGCCUUUCCUGUGCGCUCACGGCCGCGGUGGCCACCGGCCUGCCGCUCUGGCUCCGCGGGGCCGUGCUGUGCCGCACCGGGGCCGAGCUCGUCAACGCCACCGGGGCCGAGCUGGACAAGUUCGUGGGGGAACUGAGCUACGGGCUGUUCCACGGACAGCGCGUGAAGCAGUGCGGGCUGGGGGGCCGCGCGGCGCGCUUCUCCUUCUUUCCCGACCUCCUGAGCGCCAUCCCCACAGGCCUCCACGUCACCGUCAUCUUCUUCUGUGGUGUUGUGACGCUCUUCUCCUCCGUGGCCACCGGCUUCUUCUUCUUCAAUGCCUUCGGCAGACCCUACAAGACGCUGCAAGGCCCUGUGGGACUUUACCUGUGGACCUUCAUCACCUGUGUCAGCAGCUGCCUCGUCAUGAUCCUGUUUGUGUCGGAGGUAAAGCUCAGUCGUCUGUCCGAGCGGAUCGCCAACUUCAACGAGGGGAAUUUCAUCUUCCAGACGUACACCGAGCGCUACGACCGAUGCUUCUGGCUCUUCUUCCUCAUCUUCCUCCUUCAGGGACUGAACGCCCUGCUGGUCCGACUGGCGGGAAUCCAGUUUCCCUUCCAGCAAAACAAAGAGGUGGAGCUGAGCGGCGGGGCGGCCGACCUCAUGUACUGAGAGGAGAAGAGCUCAGCCUGCAGCCGGAAAACGGCCUGAACGCCUUCAUCAGCCGCCGCUUCCUGUCGCUGCAGCUCUGUUGGAUGGCUUUCCUUCACAGUCUGUUCCACGCUGAAGAAGGUGAACCCUCGCUCUUCACCAGCGUGGUGAGGGCAUUUCCCUCGGUAACAGCGGUGAUCGUGACUCUGACGCUGAAACCACGAACAGUUCGUAGACUUGAAAUGUUGCUCUGUGUUAGAUGAUGACGCUGUCGAGCUCCUCUGUGUCUUCAUUUCUUUGCAGAUCAGUGAUGUUUAGGCCCUCGCUGGCUCACUCGUCCUUUAGCUUCUUGUGUUUCACCGAUCACGAUGACGAUGCAUCCAGCGGCGAGCCCGUCCUGAUCCGAGUUCUUUGGUUCUGAGGACAGGCGACGCCUCGGCUCUGCCGUGUCGUUGUGUGGAAAAGCAAACGUGAUCGUUGAACACAGAGGAAGGUUUUGGACAGUGAACCAUUUACAAAAUGUGUUUCUGUGGAAACCAUCACAAGCUAAAUCUACCUGUAAGGAAAAUAAAACUGUAUCUGAGCAUCU